AUGGGCCUAGUACAGCAUUUGACUAGCCAAGCUGCAAAGCAGCAACAUAUGCCCUUUCAUUACGGGAUUGCCUUACUACUCGUACUGACUUAUGGUCUGUACCGCAUGAUCCAACCGAAAAAGAAGCAUAAUUUGCCAGUGUUUAGACUACGAGACAAUAAUGUGCUGGCUGUUCUUACCGAGGCGUACAAACAGUACCCGACUUCAGCUUUUAUGCUCGAAUUGCCAGGGAUGGAAAUGGCUGUUCUGCCACCCGCCGAUGUAGACACCAUUCGUGGGCUCCCCGAGUCAGUUGUGUCAAUCAAGAAACACCAUUAUGAUGUUUUUCUCGGCGAAUAUACCUACAUGGGUACCAAGUCAGACGAAUUCGACUCAGCAAUGCGCAACGUUCUCACUCGCAACACCCCGGCCGUUCUCGAGUCCUUCACCGAUGAGGUCGAAUAUGCAAUUUUCAACACAAUCGGCCCGUGUAAAGACUGGACGCCAAUUGUUGCUCGCAAGGCCAUGUGCAAAGUCGCCUCUCUUAUGUCUGGAAGGGCAUUCGUGGGACUUCCACUAAGUCGUGAACCAGACUGGGUCGAAGCCAAUGUCAAUUAUACAGCCGAUGUCUCCAAGGCUUGGAUGAUUCUCAAGAUGAUCCCUCAGCCUAUCCGGUUUUUCGUUGCCCCAUUUCUCCCUCAGGUACGAAGCUUGAAGCGUCAGCGGAAGAAUAAUGAGGCGAAACUGGCACCACUUCUGCGAGAGAAACAGGACUCGUCUUCUGCUACUUCCGCCAGCAAGGAGAAACCUGUUGGAGGAGAUUUGCUCGACUGGUUCAUUUCUCAGUACAAAACGACCACAACGGUUCAGGAGCUUGGCAGAGAUCAACUGCUAGCAACUUUUGCUUCAAUCUACAAUUUAUCCAACGCCUUGACCUACAUCGCCUUUGACCUAGCUGCCACUCCCGAGGAAGAUGUAGAAGAGAUGCGAAAGGAGUUGACCGAAGUUCUUGGAGAAGAUGGCGUGAUUGAUAAGAACUCGUUGGCCAAACUGAAAAAGCUAGAUAGCUUUGCCAAGGAGUCGCAGCGCCUUUGUCCUCCGUCACUAGUCAAUAUUCCCCGUAUCGUCACGAGCCCUGAAGGACUCAAGACAUCUACCGGGGACGUUCUUCCUACGGGAACACGCAUGACCAUCAUGAGCCACUUCAUCAACCACGACCCUAAAGUAUAUCCCGAUCCAGAGAAAUUUGAUCCGUUUCGCUUCUCUAGACUUCGCCAAGUUCCAGGGAACGAGACUAAAUACCAGCACGCAUCAACAGGUCUUGACAACAUCAAUUUCGGGCACGGUAUUUGGGCAUGUCCUGGUCGGUUCUUUGCCAGCGCUCAGAUUAAGGUGGUGCUUGCACAUCUACUCAAAAACUAUCAUGUUAAGCUCAAGAAGGGCACUGAUAAGCCAGGGCAAAUUCAUUAUGGCUUGGCUAUCUUGCCUGAUGCACAGGCUGAGAUCAUGUUUAAGUCGCGGAAAUAA